AAGCGUUAAUCAGACUUGUAACUCGUUCAUUGUGCUGAGAACUGCAGAAUUGAAGUGUAUCGUAUUUUAAUUAUAUAACAUAUAUAUAUACUGUUUUUUAAAAAUUUUAAAAUGGUUACCCGACGGAUUAAUUUAAGUUCCCUAGUGUUUAUAAGUUUAUUUAUUGUUUCAAAUGUCAAUAAAGGAAUGUCAUUGAAAUGCUAUCAGUGUACAUCAGAUAGUUCUGGCGAUUGUUGGACUAAUCCUCCAGACACAUAUUUAGUGGAAUGUGGUGAAGAAACUUCGACAGUUAAUCCAUCGACUGAAUCUACGACUUCAUCAUCUACUACUAUUACAUCAACUACACCAUCAACUUCUUCAUCAACUACUCCAUCAACUACACCAUCAACUACUCCAUCAACUACACCAUCAACUACUCCAUCAACUACACCAUCAACUACUCCAUCAACUACACCAUCAACUACUCCUUCGACUACUCCAUCAACUACUCCAUCAACUACACCAUCAACUACUCCAUCGACUACUGAAUCGACUACUCAAUCGACUACUCAAUCGACUACUGAAUCGACUACUCAAUCGACUACUGAAUCGACUACUCAAUCGACUACUCAAUCGAUUAGUCCAUCAACUACUUCAUCAACUGCUACUGAACAAACUUCAGGUGCACCCAGAGUGAGACGUCAAGCAGAUCUUCGUGAUGAUGAUACUUGGGAAUGUUCUAAAGAAUUUACCUCAAACAAUGGUGUAGAAAUGAUCAGCAGACAAUGUGUGCAAAAAAGUAAAAGUUCGUGUAAUGGUAAAGCUGAAGAUUCAAGUUGUCUGUGCAGUGACAAAGAUGGUUGCAAUUCGGCUUCAAACAUUGGAAUUCAAUUCCUAUGUAUGACAUUACCAAUAGGUGUUGCACUUUUUUUAGCACGAUAAUUAUAUCGCGUUAAAGAAUGUAAUAUUUUGAUAAAAUAUAAUCUUAUUUCAAUAUCUAAUCAGUUUUCUUAAAAAAUAUUUUGCAUGAACAAGAAUUCCAUAAGAUAUCAUGUUAUUUUUUUUUUUU